CUGGAAAGCUCAUUACCUUGUCGCUGACCGUCUGAAGUCGCAUCGUGGCCCCGCGCGUCCAAACCUCCCCCCCAGAGUCCUCGCGGGACCGUGGCGGGGCGCCGGUCGCCUUGUGCAGGAAGCGAGGAACGUCAGAGAGGAAGUAGAAGAUGAACAAGCCUCUGACACCAUCCACAUAUGUACGAAGCCUCAAUGUUGGACUCAUUAGGAAGCUGUCAGAUUUUAUUGAUCCUCAAGAAGGAUGGAAGAAAUUAGCAGUAGCUAUUAAAAAACCAUCUGGUGAUGAUAGGUACAAUCAAUUCCAUAUAAGGAGAUUCGAAGCCUUACUCCAGACUGGGAAAAGCCCUACAUGUGAGCUGCUGUUCGACUGGGGUACCACAAACUGCACAGUUGGUGACCUUGUGGAUCUUCUGGUCCAGAUUGAGCUUUUCGCCCCUGCUACUCUCCUACUGCCGGAUGCUGUUCCCCAAACUGUCAGCAAUAUACCUUCUAGAGAAACUGCAACGGUGCCACAGACACACAGGCCCUGCCACGAAAAAGUCAGGACACUGGUGAUGCCUGUGCAGAGGCCAGCACAAAGCUGUGGGCUACCUGACUCCUCAAGCCCUGACAACAAAAGCAAAAGCGUAGACCUCAGUGAUACUGAGACUCGUUUUCACAGUUUUUCCUUUUAUGAACUGAAGAGCAUCACUAAUAACUUUGACGAGCGACCUGUUUCUGUUGGAGGCAACAGAAUGGGAGAGGGAGGCUUUGGAGUGGUGUACAAAGGCUGUGUGAACGACACAACCGUGGCCGUGAAGAAGCUUGGAGCCAUGGUUGAAAUCAGUACUGAGGAACUAAAGCAACAGUUUGAUCAAGAAAUUAAAGUAAUGGCAAAGUGUCAGCACGAAAACCUGGUAGAGCUACUUGGCUUCUCAAGCGACAGCGAUGACCUGUGUUUAGUAUAUGCUUACAUGCCCAAUGGUUCCUUGCUGGACAGGCUGUCCUGCUUGGAUGGCACCCCACCACUUUCUUGGCACAUGAGAUGUAAGAUUGCUCAGGGUGCAGCUAAUGGCAUUAGUUUUCUGCAUGAAAAUCAUCAUAUCCAUAGAGAUAUUAAAAGUGCAAAUAUCUUACUAGACAAAGACUUUACUGCCAAAAUAUCUGACUUUGGGCUUGCCCGGGCUUCGGCAAAGUUUACCCAGACAGUCAUGACCAGCCGAAUUGUGGGCACAACGGCUUAUAUGGCACCUGAAGCUUUGCGAGGAGAAAUAACACCCAAAUCGGACAUCUACAGCUUUGGUGUGGUUUUAUUAGAGCUAAUCACUGGACUUGCAGCCGUGGAUGAAAACCGUGAGCCUCAAUUACUACUGGAUAUUAAAGAUGAGAUUGAGGAUGAAGAGAAGACGAUUGGAGAUUACACUGAUGAGAAGAUGAACGAUGCUGACCCUGCUUUGGUUGAAGCAAUGUAUGCUGCAGCUAGUCAGUGUCUGCACGAAAAGAAAAACAAGAGGCCAGACAUUACGAAGGUUCAACAGCUGCUACAGGAGAUGUCUGCUUAAAACUAAUGAAAUAAACUUUAUAUAUAUAUAUAUACAUACAUACAUACAUGUAUAUAUAUAUAUAUAUAUUAUGUACAUACAGACACAGCUCUAUAAGCACUUGCCUCUUCACACACACAUCCCUUUUGUUUUUACUUCUUGUGGUCAUGGAGACUGAACAAGCACUUUGGCACUGAGCUAUAUCACCAGCCUGUUUUUUGUUUUUGUUUUCCCAAAUGUUCUUUUAACAAGGCAGCAUGGCGCAGUGAAUUAAUGAAUGUGUCCACACACUGCAAAUGUGGGAGUAGUAUGGCAGCACUUGGCCACACCUACUUUGUAUGGAGCUCAUUUUCCAUGGCAGCAUCAUAAAACUACAGCAACUACAAGAUUCAAGAAAACAGCACUCCACUGAGGGGUAGAGACCCUAGGAUUUUAGGGGUUUGUUGUUAGACACAGCAUUUCUGUGUGGUCCAGGAUGGCCUUGAACUCAGACAUCUUCCUCAGAGAUCUGCCUGCUUCUGCCUCCCAAGGGCUGGGAUUAAAGGCCUACACCACCAUCAUCCAGCCAGAGACUCCGGUUUGAAAUCAGCCGGUCCUACUAAUCUCCUGUAAAACUCUGGUCUAGCUCAUAGCUAGCCUAAGCCUCAGUUUUGGCUUUUCUUUUUUGUUAAUGAACUCCUUGGUCCUGUAAAUAACUUUUCCUAAGCUCCUGUUAAUAUUCUCAACGACUGCUCCUGAAUCCUAAUUAAACUCACUGGGUUGCCAAGGUAGACGGGGUGGACUCAAUUGUUCAGUCUGUCAUUGGUGUCCUAAAUUGAAUGAAUAGAUAUUCAGUUGUCUCCCCACACAAGAAAAAUUUGCACACUUGGUACUUUAUAUGGGGCUUGACAGAACCAAUGAUGAGCUUAGGGGUGGUACUUGCAUUGCCUCUGCUGUGACAGCAACUGGGGCUAAUCUGUCUGAGGAUGGAGCACCCAAGGGGGCAAUCCUGAUGUCAUCUUUCCCAUGUGGAAGGAAUGGCAGGCUCUUUUGCUCUACUGGCUGGUUUUGUGUGUCAACCUGACACAAGGUAGAGUCAUCAGAGAAGGAACCUCAGCUGAGGAAAUGCCUCUGUAAGAUCCAGCUGAUUAAUGGGGGAGGCUUCAGCCCAUGGUGGAUGGUGCCAUCCCUGGGCUGCUGGUCCUGGGUUCUAUAAGAAGGUGGGUUGAGCAAGCCAGUAAGCAGCCCCCCUCCAUGGCCUCUGCAUCCGCUCCUGCCUCCAGGAUCCUGCCCUGUGUGAGUUCCUGUCCUGACUUCCUUCAGUGAUGAACAGCGAUGCUGAAGUGUAAGCCUUUCUUUCCCGACUUGCUUUUGGAUCACAGCAAUAGAAACCCUAACUAAGACA